UACAAGGAUCGCCUACAUUCUUGUCUUCAUUGUAUAUUUUUUGGCUGCUAUGUAAAAGGUCAUAUACAAGAGCAUGCAAAAACGAAGAAACAUUUUUUAGCCGUUGAUCUGUGUUAUGGGAAUAUUUUGUGCUUCCAAUGCGGUGAUUAUGUAUACGAUAGAGAAUUGUUAAAAGUAGCAAAAGCACAAUGGAGCGAGUUGGCGAAAUCCUUGAGCUUCGGGGAAUUCUAUCGUGCAUGGGAACCCACGCAGACGGAGGCGGAGUUAUUGAGAAAUCAUCCGCGUCGAAGACGCGUUGUAGAAAAUUCCACUAUAGGUUUAAGGGGACUCAUCAAUCUUGGAAAUACUUGUUUCGUAAAUUGCAUCGUACAGGCGCUUAUUCACACUCCACUAUUACGCGACUACUUCCUUGCUGACCGUCAUCACUGCCCGCAACCGAGUCUCUGUUUGGUCUGCGAGGUAUCCCAUUUGUUCCAGGAGUUCUAUUCCGGCAACAAAGCUCCAUUGACGCUUCACAAACUUCUCCAUUUGAUUUGGACCCACGUCAGACAUCUAGCAGGCUAUGAGCAGCAAGAUGCCCAUGAAUUCUUCAUUGCUACACUAGAUGUUCUUCAUAAACACUGUGAAGCCACUACGAUACUGGUCAAAGAUAACCCUCAUCACUGCAAGUGUAUCAUCGAUCAAAUAUUUACUGGGUGCCUUCAAAGUGAUGUUGUUUGUCAGGCUUGCAAUGGAGUGUCUACUACAAUAGAUCCAUUUUGGGACAUAUCUUUAGAUCUAACUUCGGCAGCUAGUACCUCUGGUUCUAAUACACCCGGGCCACCCACUUCCUUGCUAGAUUGUCUGGAAAAAUUUACCAGAGCCGAGCAUUUAGGUUCUAGUGCAAAAAUCAAAUGUAGCAACUGUGAGACUUACCAAGAAAGCACAAAGCAAUUAACGAUGAAGCAAUUGCCUAUCGUGGCAAUCUUUCAUCUAAAGCGCUUUGAGCACUUCAUAAUCCAAGAUAAGAUUUUUAAAAAGAAGAUCUCUACAUUUAUCUCGUUUCCGGAACAAUUAGAUAUGACGCCAUUCAUGUCGCAUAAACGCAAUGGUAACAACAAUAGCGCUAUGCUGAAUGGUUUAUCGAAAAAUGGAGAGGAUAUGAGUUUCAGCGAUAAUCGGUACUCUCUGUUUGCUGUAAUAAAUCAUGAGGGUUCUUUAGAGACUGGGCAUUAUACCGCUUUCAUCAGGCAACAGAGAGAUCAAUGGUUCAAGUGCAAUGAUCAUUUGAUUACACGGGCCAAGUUGAAGGAUGUCUUAACCAGCGAAGGGUAUCUCUUGUUUUAUCACAAGCAAAUUUUGGAAUAUGGAUAAAAUAAUAAAGUCUGAAACAGAAAAGAAGAUAUGAAUCAAGUCAUGUAAUUAAUUUAUUUAACAAAGAAUUUAAAAAUCGCUGCUGAAGUUAGACGUCAGUGACACUUUAUGUUUAUCAAAUAUAAAUUAUUGUCACUGUCGCUUUAUGGUUUCCGUUGGCGUCUUUUGUAUUCGAUCAAGUAUGUCUGACAUUCCCAGUCGACAUCUACAUGAAUAUAACGUAAGCGUAUAUAGGUAUUAAGAUUAGCUCAAUUUUUUUUAAUCGACCGAUCGUAAUUUUUGUAUAUCUGACCAUUGUUAUAUCCCUGUUCUGCAGACAAAUAUGUUACACACACACACACACACGCGCGCGCGCAUACAAGGUGUUCGUUAAAGCCAUAACAAUGCUUGAGAGUAGAUUCCUGAAAUUAUUUUGGAACUCAAUAUUUUUUAUUCUUUCUAUAUGUUCCGGAUGAUAGGACGUUGAAAAUAAUCCAGCUCUUUUACUCUUCACUUUCAAGCCUACCGAAAAACAUGGUAGAAAGAAUAAAAAAUAUUUUUAUUUAUCGUGAAAUGACGACUCAAGAGUUAGAAAAAGUUCAAGCAAGCUUUCCACGAAGACUA